CAUACGUUCAACCCUCCCCCCCCCCCAUUUACCGCCUGCUUUAUGUCUCCAUGACAACGGAACGCUUGAUGGGUCCAAUAGAUCGAAGUUGUUCUUCACCGCACACUAGUUGUAUGCAUUUGGUGUUUUAAUUCACAUUCGGCCAGCCGGAGAAACGCUCAUGUCGCUGCACUUCAGUGCGAAUCAGUUUGAAGAUGCCUACGCACCGCAGCGACUGGGCAAUUGGCAAAUUCCGAAAAAUUUUCAAGAACGGCCGCGGAUUCGGCUGGGCGGUACGCGGACGGUUGCUGAUGAUAGCGGACACUUUAUAGCCAAUGGCCACCCAUCCAGCGGUCGGAAGAACAACAACCACCAUCUAAGAUUCCAGAGCGCACCCCUGCCGAAAUCCAAUCAGCUUUUCAUCGCUGGAUCGGCAGUAAAUACGACCAAACCAAUCAGGGUAAGCAUUAAAGGUAACCAGCCGGCCAACCAGUCAACGGGUGCCAUUAACGAAGCGACAUCGUCCCGAAAAAUCCAGCCGCUAGUCGGGAUCGAGCAGGAGCUACGCGAAGAAGAUGAGGAGAGCGGAGAAAACGACGUGACGAGUGGAGGUGACCAAAAUCAUCUGCAAGUUUUGAAACCGCUAAGCCUUCCGUCAUCAAUGCUUCCGGAUAAUCCGCGAAAGGCGGCCAUCGUGCUGGCCGCCCGGCAGAAAAACCACCGACCACUGCCGGAUUUGAUGCUGGAGUCAAGGGAUGUGCUCAUUCCGCGCAACUGGAAAGGUCCGGAAGCGUCGGCCAUGACUGUAGAGACGACCAAAGCCAAGGGACCAACCUCUUGCACCAAACGGACGGUUGUCCGUUUGCUCCCAGAGGGUGAAUCGGUUUUGGAUCACCAUCCAAAUGUCAUGGAAUUGGCCAUCAAAUGGGAUGUGAACAGUCCGCCAUCCAGCGCCCGAACGAGAAAGAAGAUGGCUGAGCUGGCAGCCGCUAAUGCCAAACCAGUAGAAAAGACCCUUGAAUGGCUGUACGAGCCUCCGAUCAACUAUCGGGCCGGUCGACCCGAUAUGAGACGCCAACCUGCCAACAAUCCGGUGGUGGCUCAGCAAGCUCAAAGACCUCCGCCUUCAUCCGAUUCAGGCAAUGGAAGUGCUCGAUCUAAGGACAGUUUGGCUUCGGUCAGAAGUCGCCAGUGUCCUCUGGAGAACGCCGAGACGGCCGUAGACUCCCGAAACCGGACCGAAUUCGCAUCCGAUCCCGAAUCGGGAUACAAUAGUCCGCGCUGGGCGAGAGAGACUAAUAAGGUGGCGCUGGCUGGCCUUGAAGAACCCAUCAAGACCACGUACAGAUCCGCAGUUUCUUCCGCAAAUCCACCCAAAAAUCACUUCCUUGUUUCGACUUCCGCUUUCGACAACACAAACAACCAUGACGAUCCGGUCAUGUUGCCCGAAUAUCCACUUCAACGGCGAUCUCCUGUCCUCCAGUCUAUAACUUCCAAACCACUUCUGAUCGAGCCUAAACAAAGGGUCCAGCCGGCUACGUUUCCCUUGAACGAAUAUCCGCCACAGCACAUGGAGUCCACCACUUCGGCCCAUUACCGGACUCGAGAACCCCAGCACGUCCACCAUCACCAACCGUCUCAGCAUCACCAGUGCGAUCACGAUUCCGGUAUUGGAGAUGUGCACGAUCGAGCGGAAAUAGAAGAGGAAGAAGAAGAAGAAUAUGACAACGAGGAAAGAGAGUUGGCCGCUUCGGGUCAACUCCAUCGCAGCCGCUCCCGACCUUGUUUGGCUUGUCAUUCGCCACCGCCAACAAAUAACAAGGCCAGCCGAGUCAAGACCCACGGGAAAACACCAUACAAGCAGGCCAUGAAAGCGGGAAAUCCUUGCGUCAAAAGCCAGACGGAAUUGGAGAAGGUAAUCCAGCGGAGACAAAGCUACCGGGCUCCCAAACCGGCCCCAUUGAGCUCGCACGCACGUCAUAUCCGCGGCACUCUGGCUCCUCCGCUGUCUGCCGGCAUCGGGAAUGAACCGAUUGUCGAUUAUCCCGAUUUCAAACGACUGGACUCAACCUACCGAUUGUCCUACGGCGCCCACACGCAAACCCAACGUCGACGUCCGAAGACAUUGACGGCGUUAUUGAACGAAAAGAAUUGCCGGCAAUGGAGGUCGUAAAAAUAUCCCAAUUGUAGUGGAGGAAAUCACCCCCUCAACAUUUCUAGUCGAUCCCCGAGUAUACAUUGUCAUCACUGCCACUCCAUUUUUAUUUGUAUUGUCCUCUCUUGUCCAACUCUCUAUAUUUGAAUACGUACACUUUUUUUUUUUUUAAAUUUAAAUUCGAUAUCAAAAACUUCCGUGCACAAUGUUUCGUCCUUUUUGGAUUAUUCGUAACUUUUUCUCGGUGUUUUCUCGCAAUUCCACUAUUUUAGCUCAAUGAUUCUAUCUUGUUGCCUCUCCAUUUUCGUUUUUUUUUUUAACUUAAAACGCAUUUUGUUGGCCUAUCCGUGUUCUCGAACGGGAAGAAAAACAAAUACAACGUGGUCUCAAAUUGUCAUGCG